ACCACCAGAAGAUUCUGCGGCGACUGCUUUGUACAGGACUGACUGCAAUGUCCCAUGAAAGGUUUCGGCAGGACCCGGCUCACCUCGAGAUCCUGAGUGUAACUUGAAAAUUUCCUUGAUCGGGCGCCAAUGGGAUCUCCCGGAUGUGGCAGUAGGGUCCAGAGAGCAUGAUCGGGAAUCGGUUUGGGAAGGUUGACCGGCCCCACACGGCCACACCUGAGGUCCAUCUUUAAAUGGUAACAAACCUCCCUUGAGUCUUGACGGACGCUCCUCUUUCUUGAUGCUGUUCCUCCCACCGUCCAUGAAUGCCACACGCCAGAUAGCAUCGCCAAUUUCACGCACGAGACUAUCGAGGGCAAGACUCGUACCGACAACCGUAUUGCUGCCUCUUCGCCGGUCGCAUUCAUUGACGCAGCGCCACACCGGACUUGUGAGACAACCCUGGGCAUUUCGGACAGUUCCCCACAGAGCUUUUGCAGCAAUGGCGUCUGCAACCAGUUUUUAUGACUUCAAACCUCUCGACAAGACGGGCAAAGAGGUGCCACUGUCAACCUACAAGAACAAGGUCGUCCUAGUCGUCAACACGGCCUCCAAGUGCGGCUUCACCCCGCAGUAUGAGGGGCUUGAGAAGCUGUACAAGUCGGUGCGGGAGAAGCACCCAGACGACUUUGUCAUCCUCGGCUUCCCCUGCAACCAGUUUGGCGGGCAAGAGCCGGGCACGGACGAGGAGAUUCAGCAAUUUUGCCAGGUCAACUAUGGCGUGACGUUUCCCAUCAUGCAAAAAGUCAACGUCAACGGGGAUGGUGCAGCCCCACUCUUCCAGUGGCUCAAGACCGAAAAGCCUGGCCUUCUGGGCUUGAAGAUGAUCAAGUGGAAUUUUGAAAAGUUUCUGAUCGGCAAGGAUGGGAAGGUCAAGGGCAGGUGGGCGUCUACAACGAAGCCCGAGUCAUUGGAGAAGACCAUUUUGGAGGAGUUGGAGAAGUAAGGCCGCAUUGUAAGAGGUGUUGUAAGAGGUGGUGUGGUUUUUGUUGUUUGGGUCUAAUGUCUAUGAGGAAGCGUGGCGCUGGGAGUGACGAGGUUGAGAGCUCACACGAUGGCUUUAUGAGGGCGCGAAGCAGAUAUCCUCUACCCACUUGUGGCAUCCAGCUUUGGCUGGAAGAUUGUUACCUAUCCAUCUAUACAUAGUAGAUAGGUAGGUUUGGUCUGAGUCCUGGGAUACAGGGGCGGCCAGGAGGUAAUACGCUGCUUAACUGUUUCAUUUGACCAGCGCGGGAGCACAGUUCUUGAUGUUUCACUUAUUAUUCACUGUGACCGACUCUUUUGUCACUCUUGUGCUAAGCUCCUUGAAGUAAUUCUUGGCACAGUGAGGCAUGUAAACAUACCUUAGGUACAUACCUAGUAGGCUAGUAACGUGCCUUACUAAGGUAGUAUGGCUUUGAG